AUGUAUCCUUCAAGAUGGUGCACUUCUUUAGGUUUACCAUUCUUAGGACAUGUUCGAAUUUUGGAUCGAUUACCCACUUGGACUUCAUGGGCUAUGAUACCAUAUCAGAUAAACAUCAAAUUAAACCCCCUUUUUUUUUGUUUGCAGGUGGCAAUUGAGACUAUCUAUGUUUCUGUUCAAUCUGUAAUUUAUAGUCUCAUUAUUUAUAGCAUGAUUGGAUUUGAGUGGAAAUUGGGGAAGUUUCUGCUGUUCUGUUACUUAGGUUUGAUGUGUUUCACAUACUUCACUCUGUAUGGGAUGAUGGUUGUAGCAUUGACUCCAAACCACCACAUUGCAGCCAUUGUCGUGUCCUUCUUUAUUGGCUUUUGGAACUUGUUCGCUGGUUUUCUCAUUCCUCGACCGGUAAUCCCCAUUUGGUGGAGAUGGUAUUAUUGGGCUAAUCCUGUGGCUUGGACUAUAUAUGGAAUUAUAGCUUCUCAAGUUGGUGACAGAGACAAUCUUGUUCAGAUACCAGGAUUUGGUAAUGUAGGAUUAAAGAUGUUCCUUAAAGAAGGGUUCGGGUACGACCACGACUUCAUCCCAGUUGUCGUCGCAACUCAUGUUGUCUGGGUUCUCAUCUUCUUCUUUGUGUUUGCCUAUGGAAUCAAAUUCCUUAACUUCCAAAGGAGAUAGGCAAUACUUGUUAUGUGGAAUUUGUUAGUUCAUUACAUUUUUACUUAUAGCCUUUGUAUCGUAGGAACUCAAUUAUUUCAGAGUGAUAAAUGAGGAAAGAAAACAAAUUCCCCUCUUUCCUUGCUCAUCUUUGUCCUCUUCACAGUGCCUAAAAGCACUUUUCACAUUUUGUGUGAUGUUUGACUUUGUAAUAAAAAAAUAUUUUUUUUCUAUCUAUAUUAUUUAUUUUUUGGUCUAGGGA